CGUUCCCUUGUGGUUCCAAGGGCGGGACAGGCCCUUGUUCGAGUUGCCAACUUCUCGGAUAGACCAAUCAAGAUACGGUCAGAUGUUCCUAUUGCCGAAUAUCACCCUAUUAGCAGCGUGAAUGGUAGUAUAAUUCCCAUUGGAGUUGACUCAGAAUCGAAAAGUACCUCUCGGCCACAUGCAUUCUGUUCGACCAUUGACAGCACAGUGGGGAAGAGUGAGCAGACAAAAGGAGAGGGAGAAAAGUCGAGGACAAUCUGUGAACAACAAAACAUGGAAGGGCUUUCAGAAGGUCAAAAGGAACAAUUCUCGUCUCUGGUGAAAGAGUAUGAGGACAUUUUUGCUAUGAACAGUUCGGAU